CUGACAUUUUCUAGCGCAUAUAAAGAGGCGUCAGCCCCGGCGUAUUGGACUUUAUUGAACUUAAUCGGCCCUUCUUCUCUUUUGGUUGAGUCUUCUGGGAAUACUUCUAACUUCUCUUCUUUAAUCGGCUCCAUAUAAUAAACAUCGACUUGUUCGACUUUUAUCUUCAUCCCCAUGAAGUUUUCCACCGUCUUCACCGCAUGCGCCAUCGCAUCUGUCCAGCAACUGACACAAGCUCUUCCCUCUAAGCGCGCUGCAGCGACAAAUUCUGUGCCAUCAGUGACCGAAGUCCUGAACUUCGCAUUGACCUUGGAACACAUUGAAAACACAUUUUACACCGAGGGCUUGAAAAACUACACACAACAAGACUUUUUGGACGCCGAUUUCCCGGAGUUUGCACGUGGAAGAUGGGAAGAGAUCUCACAACAUGAGGCUACUCACACUUCUUUCCUCUCUGGCAUCCUUGGCGACCAGGCUGUCAACGCCUGCACCUACAACUUUCCUGUAACAGAUGCACAGUCGUUUGUAUCGUUUAGUUUUUUGCUGGAGACCGUUGGAGUAUCCGCGUACUCUGGCGCUGCCCAGCUUCUCGCUAGCAAUACGGACUAUCUCACCGCCGCAGGAGCGAUUUUGGCUGUAGAGGCAAGACAGUCUGCAUGGAUUAACUCCGCCAUAUUGAAUGCCAACCCUUGGAACACGGCUUUCGAUACUCCCCUUGAUCUGAACCAGGUAUACACAAUUGCGUCUGGGGUGAUUGUAUCAUGUCCCUCGACCAACAUGGCUCUUCCGGUCAAGGCGUUUCCCGCGCUUACAUUCCCUGCCAGCGCUCAACCCAGUCAGACUGUUCAAGUCAGCUUCUCGGCGGACACCACCCCUUCCGACACCCUCUAUGUUGCAUUCAUCUCAGGACUCGAGUCAAUCAUCGUACCACUCGACCAGGGAAGCAACGCGGUGACCAUUCCGGCUGUACUACAAGGUGUCGUUUUUGCAAUUGUGGUCAACGAUAGCGAAAGUGUUGGUGAUAGCGUCACCGUCGCCGGUCCUGCUUUCUUAAGCUUUGACUACAACUCAAAAGGUCAGGAUGAAUCGGAGGGAUAGAAAAAAAGGGAUGGAGUCUCGUGGAUGUGUUCUUUUCACGUCUUCUUUCUUUGACGAUAAGCUUUAGGAAGCUCGUCAGGACUGUAUUUUGUUCGAAUUCGUUGAUCGCGCGCGUACUUUACUUUUCGUAAUUUACACGACGAGAGAUUUGGCACGGUGCCACCCGCUGACCUGUUUAUUAUUGGCUGAUGGUGUAAUGAUAUAUUUUGUCUAGAAGGAUUAGAUGCAACAAGGGCGCACUAUUACUGAGUGCUAGCUAUAUUUUAGCUCGAUCCCGUUCAUUUGUAGUUCCAGCUAGGUGAAUAUUCAUGAGUUCAGCCGUGGUUUUACUU